AUGUCCACGGCCCUGCCAAGGCCAUACCGCUUUCAUGUUGGUGCCAGCUGGGCAGGGAAGCCACAGCCACCAAAGUCACGAAAACUCAUUGGGUCACCCUUUGCGAGCGAUAGUGAAAUUGGUCGCUGGAGGGACCACGUACUCUCCCGACCCAACGGUGGCCUGGGGACGCACAUUGGCGAGGACUUCUUCUACAUUCAAGAGAUGCGCAGCCAGUCGGGAGUAUCGCUGGGCAUAGCCGACGGCGUCGGUGGCUGGACAGACUCUGGAGUAGACCCUUCGCUCUUCUCGCAGGCACUCAUGUAUCACGCGCAUCGGUAUGCAAGGCUGGGCUGGGCCGGCGAGCCGGAGAUUGAUCCCACGCAGGAUUACGAAGAGCGACAGCAAGUGGAAGGUUGGGAGUUGACACCGAUGGAGUGCAUGGACCUGGCUCACGGAGGUGUUCUAAGGGAACGAGAUGUGGCUGCAGGAUCGAGCACUGCUUGCAUCGUAAACCUGAACGCGUCCUCAGGACAAUUACGGGCUGCAAAUCUAGGAGACAGCGGUUUCUGCGUCAUCCGUUCUUCCCAGGUGAUACACUUCCAGCAGCCUCAGACACACUUCUUCAACUGUCCAAAACAAUUAGCUAAGCUCCCGCGGUCGGCUCGUCUGCGCGGGGGAGCAUGUUCCGACGCGGCUAGUGAAGCCGAUAAUGUCUCCAUGAAACUGCGAGACGGCGACUUGGUUAUUCUCUUCACUGACGGACUCUCAGAUAACGUCUUCCCAACUGAACUGAUCCAAAUAUGCUCGCUGGUCGCACGUCAAUACACGCAUGCGCCUCCCUCGACGAAAUUUCCUGUGGGCCAGGCGCAGGGUGAACCAUAUAACUUCGUGCGAGAAGAUGAGGACGCACACGUGCAGACGAUGGCAGAACGCAUCAUCAGCUAUGCGACCCUCUGUAUGCACAACAAGAAGCGCGUCAGUCCCUUCGAGCGCGCGGCUGCAAGGGAGGGCAUGUACUUCCGAGGAGGGAAAAUUGACGAUGUCACGGUUAUCGUUGCACUCAUACGCGAGACGUUAUAG